AUGAAGAACCCGCAUGAGGGCAAGGGCGUGUUUGCCCCUAUCGUAGUCGUCGCGAAGAAUGUAAUCGGCCAAAAGCAGUUCAACCAGCUUCGAGGGAAAGGCAUCGCUCUCCACUCACAAGUAAUCACGGAGUUCUGCAAGUCCGUCGGAGCCCCUGCUCAACAGCGUCAGGGUUUGAUCAGGCUGGCAAAGAAGAACGGCGAGAAGCUGUCGACAGUGUCUCAAGCAUCAUCAAGGCUAUCUUUUACACAUGGCUACUAUCAAGUUUCCAAGCUUUCCAAUGGAUAUCAUCGCGCUUUGCGCUUGGCAUUGUCAUCAACUCGCGCUACUUUCAAGGCUGACAUUUUCUAUGGUUCACCAAUAUCCGUGGUUCUUAACCAACUCGGCUCUCUGGUGUUCCCUAAGGUUCUGGCUUCCCCCUCGGGCCUGGACCUGCAACGUUUCAGCUUCAAGCAUAACAAGUACAAACAAACAGUUUUCUCGUCAGAAGUGCUCAGUCCGGCUUGUCUCUCAGCCUUAAACGGGCUGUCAAGCUUCUCUCAUCAUCGCACCAUGGGGAAAGGGCGCAGCAACAAGACCAGCAAGAAGGCGGUUGGCACUGACAAGGAGGCUGAUAUGUCUAACGUACCUGCUGUUCCUGUGAAGGAUGCUGCUGAUAAAGGGCGAACGCCAUCCUCCUCUUCGUCACCGGUGGUGCUUGGUCCCUUCGAAGACUUGCUGGACUUACAGACCAAGGCUGAUCUCACCGUCGGACAAGAUGGCGACGUUGCUGCUGGGGUUGCUGAUACCGCUGCUAAUGAGGAAGAAGAAGUGGCUGCUGAAGGAGAGGCUGAUGCGGAUGCAGACGCGCAGGAGGAUGAGGAAGCCUCGUCUGAUCAGGCUCCUGACGAUGACGGCGAUGGUUACCUGAGCGACGACUCCGACGAACACUUGGAACCAGCUUCGCUUGGCAGUAUUAUCGCUUUGAAAAGAUUCUCACUAACCCUGCUGGUGCCGUUUAACAGGAAACCCGAAGUCAAGCGGACCGCUGUAACUGUGGCUGCCUUGCUGGAUGAUUGGAAGGAUCAGCUGUCGCCAGAUGUGCUGCAGACAACGACUUAUCAGGAGCUUACUACGACCUAUUUCUCCGGCACGCGUUAUGGUCGCCUUCAAGUUACCUUCAACCACGUCCGCGACGCAAAUUUUGUUUGGGGCCAGGUCAUCAGACAUGAAUGCGCGAACGGCGACAUCGUCGACUUUACCUGGCAGCAUCCCGAAGACGCACGUUUCCUCCGUGAGCGUCUGCUGAACCCGACGGCGAAAGAGGUUGUUGUCAAAGGAGUCCCCGCGGAUAUCACUGCUGAGCUGAUACGUCACCUGCUGGUGGUGUCGAAGCUGGUUAAGCGCGGUCGGAGUGCUUUCGCCAGUGGUUUCGGCUUUCACCGUACCGUCGAUCCGGUCACUGGGUUGGACACCGAUCGUAUCCGCGGCCUGUUUAUCCCUCACGCUGAUGACGAGUACCGUUGGAGGUACUUUGUGAAAGACCCGUCGACUGGCAGGCGUUACAUGCUUCACUACCCAUCGCUUACCUGCGAGCUUUGCAGCGUCAUACUCACCUCUACAGAGGGUGCGCGGGAGGAGUGGGUGUGCGUACAGACUGUAUGCGAGAAGGCUCAAGGGAAUCGUUUCGAGCAGGCGGCGGCUCAUGUCGCUUCUGCCAGGCACAAGGGGGGUCUGAAGAAAGAAGGUGCUGCAACGCGUGCCAGCAAGUACUCUCAGAAGAUUGCUGCUUUCAAAAAGAAUUGUGUAGUAGGUGCCAUGCUCUCCUUCGCUGUAGCAGGAUGCAUUGUCGCAAUAAAGAUCAAUCGCCCGUGGAUGCUGUGGGGCUCAAAGGAAGUGAGCUUGGGUGCCUCUCCGUAUACCAUACUUCUUGGCGACCUGAACAUCGUUGCGGAUCCUGAACUUGACAAAUCCUCAAAGCUGGGAACGCCGGCGGAAAACCAGAGACUCCUGCAGAUUUGCUCGCGCUGGGAUCUGCAAGAUGCUUUCCGGAGCCUCGACCCGACCAGGAAGGAGUACACCUUCUUCUCGAGAUCUGCAAAAACAGGCACACGGAUUGACAGGGCUUUAGUUUCACAUUCUCUUCUCAACUGUGUAACGGAGGCGAAGCAUAGAAUGGUCCCAUACGGAUUAUCAGAUCACUGGUUUGCGGUGUCGGUGUCGCUCAAGGCUGCAUCGGCAGAUGACCAUGGUCCAGGGCUGUGGAGGCUUCAGGCACCUCAUGCUGGGGGCGAUGGCGUCAGGAACAUCAUAUCGGCGGUAUUGGACUCACAGGCGAAUUGUCCGGACCAGGGCCUGGAGAGACUGGUGACGAAUCUGCGUGUAAGCAUGAGAGCACACGUAGCAGAGGAGAGGAAAAGGGUUAAGGCGACCAUGGUGCACUUGGAGCUGAAGGUGGAAGAGCUCAGAUGGAAGGUGAUGUCAGACCCUUCAUCGCAAGCUCUGUACGAGGAUCUGAUAAAAAACGAAGCGGCUCUCAAGCUUUACCAGGACAGAAACAAGGAGCGGCUGCAGGUUCCGACGGGAUUGCUGCAAGAGCUGGCGGGUGAGACUCCAUCAGGCUUCCUGUCUGGCUUGGUCAAGUCCAGAAAGGCGAAAACCGAAAUAGCGGAACUCACUUUCAAAGGGGUGUUGAGGAAGGGAGCAAGCGAGGUGCUGCAAGCGGCCUCGGAGCAUUUCCGAGAGGCCUACUCGCUGUCGCCGCUGUCCUCUCCAGUGGAGCCGUGGCCGAUUGAAGAGGGAAAGACGCUGCAGGAGAGUGAUCGCUUACAGCUGGACAGCGAAUGGUCAGAGCAGGAGGUGAAGGCGGCGCUUAAAGGCUUACCGGCGGGGAAGGCCCCGGGGCAGGAUGGAUUGCCGAAAGAAAUUUUCGAAGGAAAUUGGGAGCUGUUGGGCCCGGCGGUGAUGAGGGAAGUCAGGAAUUUCGAGUCAGCGGGUGUGCUUUCGGAAUCUUUCACGACGGCGGUUACGAUCCUUCUACAUAAAAAAAGAGACAUGGACGAUUUGGGAAAUUACCGACCGAUUACAUUACUGAGCUUCUUCUACAAAUUGCUGGCGAAGGUGUUGGCGAAUAGAAUCAAGGUGGUCUUACCGAGAGUAAUCUCCAGCAACCAGUUCGGCUUUCUUCCGGGGAGGAGUCUCGCUGACGCUGUCUCUCUGGUAGCAGAUGCGAUUGACGCUGCGGAGCAGGAGGACGAGGAUUGGCUGCUGCUGUUGGUUGAUUUUCAGAAAGCUUACGAUUCGGUAUCACGGGAGUACCUCUUCACGACGCUGGGCAACAUGGGCUUCCCGGAGAAGUUCACAAGAUGGGUGAAGGGCCUUCAUGAUGGAGCGGCAACCAGGGUGCUGUUGAACGGCUGGAUAGGGGAACGGGUGGUGAUGGCCAAAGGGGUUCGUCAGGGCUGCCCGCUCGCCCCGUAUCUCUUCCUUUGCGCGGUUGAGCCACUCUGCCAAGAAAUAGAACGGAGGAAACUGGGGGUCAGGAAGAGGGGUGUGAAGGGGAGUUUAGACUACAUUGGAUACGCAGACGACACGACACUGGUCCUGAAGGGCAAGGAACAGGUGGUGGUUGCUGAGAAACUGCUGGGGGAGUUCGCGGAGAUCUCAGGGUUGAAGGUGAACCGUGAUAAGACAACACUGAUGCCGCUGGGAAAAAAUCUAAGGAGGCUGCAGCCGAUAACGUCGUCUUUUAAGUGGGCGGAGAAAAACGCGUCUGAAAGGUUGCUCGGAAUCUGGAUCACCUCUGGAGGCUCGCCGGGACCUGCAUGGGACAAGGCUUUCGAAAAGGUUAGCGCGGUGCUGAGCUGCUGGGAGACUAAACACCUCAAAACCUCAGCAUGGGUUACAAUCAUAAACAGCUACGCGAUGCCGAUCCUGCUCUUCCAGGCGCAGAUUUAUGCCCCACCGUACGAGGUCUGGACCAAACAUGGUGAUCCAAGGACUGGGGAAGGCCCUGGCGGAGCAGGAGCCACUUCGGAACUGGUUAUGGGAGAGGGCGGCGGCCUUUCCCCUCGGCUUGGCCACGAUUUACGCGCAUCCUUCGGUCCUGAGGUCCUGGCUGGGGGGAGGCACGAGAUGGAAAGCCACUAUUAA